AUGGGAGGUGACAUGGGUGAUGUUCCUUCAGCAGCUAAUGACCUCAUCUUCUACCUUCAUCACUCGUUCAUUGAUAUGAUCUUUGAGAAAUGGCUUCAAAAUUAUAAGCAGAAUGCUACUGUCCUUUCACCCUACGAUGCCCCACUUGGUCACAACAAAGGCGGUGUAAUUAUACCGAUUUUCCCUGUGUACACCCACGAACAGAUGUUCAAGAGAUCGCAAGAGUUUGAAUAUAGCUACGAAGGUAUCGAUGAAAUAGGUACGUAUAUAUACUCUAAAAGGUAAAUGGAGAAUACUUGACAGCUUGAAAGCACAGUUUCUGCAAAGAGAGUUGUUUUGAUGGUGAGCUAACAGAAAAUUGACACAAUGAAAUAAAUAAAUAAUAAUAGUAAUUACAAUUGAGAAAACUUUAGAAGGUCAAAAUAAGAGCUGUGCCUAUUGUUGCCGGGGCACUUGGGACAAUCGUGAAAGAAUUAGUAGGCAAGAUUCAAAAGACUGCUUUAUCAGGAACAGCACGACUCCUUCGACGGGUUCUCGAGCUAAGGUUGCAGGAUGUGACUUUCACCGGGAACUGGUUACCAGUUGAAUACUGAGAGUAUAUACAUAAUAAUAAUGAUAUUGAUAAAAAUAACGAGAAAGAUGAUGAUGAUGAUGAUGAAAGCGGGCUACAAGAGAAGCCCGCAAUCCUAAUCUCCAGGUUGUUAUUACGCAUGCGUCGCAUGUCGUAUGUAGCCAGCAUUCGUUUGGACUUACGCUAAGAUUGAAUAAAAUGCACAUGGCGCAAUUUGAUCACGCGCAUUUGGAUCCUCCAUCAUUCGUAAUCUGAUCACGCGCGUUUUGACCAUUUGUCACGUGCCACUUACGUAAAGCACGGCGUUGGAGCGGCAAGCGUUUUGACCUUUGAUCGUUAUCGCCUGCACUCCGUAACCUUUGGUUGUUACUAGUAAUAAUAAUAAUUGAAUGAGGCUGAGUGCGAUCAUGAUCUGAUGAAUUAGGCAGAUCUGAGAGGUUCUUGCCCAGUUCCUCUCGGUCAAUUCACUUCAAGCUUUGACCCGCUUCAAAUAAUGAGGCCAAGGAACAAGGCAAGAGGGUCGAUAACAACCUCUGAGUUCUGCAUAAUUCUACAGAUCACUAUAAAAAGCCGAAUACGAUGAUUGCUUAAUAUGUCAGUACUAUUUGUAGGGAUGAAUUGUUAAUUCCAGUUUUCAACACAAAACCCUGGUGCGUAUUUCGAAAACGUUUGUGGUGUAUUGCACUGUUUAACGUUAAUUCAAAUCACAGUAAUUAUUUAAUAAAAGAUUUAAUAACUUAAACUUCUUAUUCUCUGAAAAAAAAUUGUUAUGUUUGUUAAAAAGCGUAUAAAUUUUCGUCUGAACUUUUUGACAUGAUUUUUGGUAAAUUUUUUUCACAAAAUUUUAAGCAGUUUUUCUUGAAUUUUUUGGACGCUUGGUACCUAGCUAUUGGGGCGAGGUUAUAGCAGUUACCGUUCCCAACGUUCUAAAGCCAAUCAUUGGGUAAAAUAAUAUCAUAAAAAAGUGUUAAGUAUGCCGCUGAAAAGAAGGAGUUAGCAAUUAAUUUUGCUUACGUUUGAUAUUUAUUCCAGGACCACCUCCUGGUGAAGGGUUCCCUCCAGGUUUUUGUCCUGUAAGUGGUUCCAACUCCACUUCUCCGUGUCCAUCUCCAUCAGCAAUUUUGCAGUCAAAUUAUGCAAUUAUCAUUGGUCUAUCUGUUGCAGUUCCUCUACUUUUCUUUUUGCUAGUUGCAGUGCUAGCUUAUUUUUAUAAAUUAAGGAGACCGGUCUCUUCUCCGGUUACAACAUAUGAAUACCGUGAGCUUCAAACUUCAGAGCUGCAAACGUCAGAGCAGUCAACUGCUGGUACUACUGGUGACCACGAUGAC